AUGAAUAUCCCCUUCGCCAAUAGAACUAGCGAAAACUCAGAAAUUAGAAGAUUGACACUCAACUCCGCAGAUCUUCACAGCCUCCAUGCUGCUGCCAAGGAAAUAUCCAUGGAAGCACCGCUGACUCUAGACAAUGGUGACAUUCAUAGCGUGUACUACACUAUAACACCGCUAUACUUACUACUAUUAGGUGCAAGCGCACUGGGUAUUGGCUUCGCAUUAAGAAAAUACGUGAGGCAACGCUCAUCGGAAACUACAGCUGAAUGUGCAAAUGGCGAGAUAGAACAAGGCAACACCAAUAUUACUCUAACUGGAUUAUCCGCGCUAUUCUCAAAUCAAUCUACGAAUAGUCGC